AUAAUGCAGGCAAAGGCACCAGAGUCUGGCAAUGGCAGUACACCAGCAGAGACAAUCAAUUCUUCUUGUUCUUCUUCCUCUUCAUCAUCAUCAUCAUCUUCUUCUUCUUCUACUACUACUGCUACUACAGCAGAGUUGACGAACGACUCUACUUCUUCUGGUACACUCACACCAGGGACAAGCAGUUCCACUACUACAUCCAAUGCACUGGUUCCGGUGAAUCCAAGGCCUAAUGAUACAAGAGCGGGGAGGAAAGCGUUAAAAGCGAUGGAGAUUCUGCUCGCACUGGGAAAUAUCUUUCUUACUUCCAGCCAGUGUACCAUUAUGUGAUGAAGACUGAUCCAGCAAAUACAAACUUGAGUCAAACAGUCAAACUUGUGAAUGGGAGAGUGGGGCCAACUAUAUAUAUCACGCCGAUGGAGUCUUUUUUUUAUA